AUGAUCGCUAAUACACUAAAUGGCGAAAUUUUGACCGAAUUCUGUGGACAGAAUGAACUGAGAAUAAACAACACAUAUUUUCGCCAUAAAGAACAACACAAAUACACCUUCUAUGACAAUAGAAACAAUAAAUCAAUAAUCGAUUAUAUCAUCACCAAUCGAAGUUUCUUGCCUCAACAAAUAAUAGACAUAAGAGUCUUAUCCUCACCCAACAUUGGAACAGAUCACAAACUUGUGCUAGGAAAGAUACGAAUAGGUGCGCCGCUAUCCAAAAAAAGACCAUCGAUAAAAACUGACAAAUUCAAUAUAGAAUCCCUGAAACACGAAAGCACUAAACAACUUUAUUCAAACAGAGGCCAAACACAUGUCACUCUUAACCCCAUAGCACAGUUUGAUACUCCUAACACAGCUUGGAACAAACUGAAAGAAAACAUUUGCAAAGGUGCUAAAGAAGCUUUAGGAACACGUACUGUAUCACACAAUAGAAGACCGAACAUUAAACCUUGGUUUACAUUAGAAGACAAGAACAUUACAAGGGAAAAGAAGGAAAAAUACUUACAAUACAAGAAAUCUCCAACACCGGAGAACCGAAAUAUCUAUACCGAAAUAAGGAACAGGACUAAUCAUAGAGUACGAGACAUUAAAGAAGAAUAUUGGCAGCGAUUUAGAAGCGAAAUGGAGGCGGAUAUGUACGGAGCACAAAAACGUAUUUGGAAGAUGUUGAGGGGUUUGAAACGAGAAACAAAUGAAACAAUACAACAAAGAACAAUUGCAGAAGAUACGUGGGAAAAAUAUUUCAGAGACUUAUACGCAGAAACAGAUGAACCAAUGGAAGCACAAGAGACAAGCCAAAGAGAUAAUAUAGAAGAUCAUGCGCAAAUCACUUACAAGCAAGUAGAAGAGACAAUAAGGAAACUUAAAAAUAGAAAAUCUCCUAAUCAAGAUAAGAUACCAAACGAGCUAAUAAAAACGCAGGCACGGCUAUCAUAG